GAUAUAGUGAAUGCAGGGUCCAGGGAGACCGGAUAUAGUGAAUGCAGGGUCCGGGGAGACCGGAUAUAGUGAAUGCAUGGUCCAGGGAGAGUAGAUAUAGUGAAUGCAGGGUCUUGGGAGACCAGAUAUAGUGAAUGCAGGGUCUUGGGAGACCAGAUAUAGUGAAUGCAGGGAUCCGGGAAGACCAAAUAUAGUGAAUGCAGGGUCUGGGGAGACCAGAUAUAGUGGAUGCAGGGUCUGGGGAGACCAGAUAUAGUGGAUGCAGGGUCCGGGGAGACCAGAUAUAGUGAAUGCGGGGUCCGGGG